UAUUUUACAUUAUGAACUUAUCAGGGAGACAAAUGUCUACUUUUAGCCCGCAAAGUAACAAAUAAAAAGUUUUUUUGUUUUGUUUCUGGUAGGUUUUUUGAAUUCCUUUUAUAGUUACAAACAGUUUGUCAGUGUGCAAAAAUGCCGAGUGAAGUGAAACAGAGGAAGAAGACGAAGCAAAGUGAUGAAGUGUCCGAAACGUCGUCUGCGAAUAAAGAUGAAAAGAAGACGGAAGCUGGAAGCAACGCAGCAGCAAAUACAAAAUCUUCGAGUUUGGACCUUAAAAGCAUAAUGUGCUUACUGUCGCUGGCAGCAUGCGGAGCAUUGAGUUGGGUGGUGCUGCAACAGAAUGAGAGGUUUUCCGAAAUUGAGGAAAAGUACAGUUUUCUGCAGGGAAAGACUUCGAGUCUAUUCAACAUGGAGGAAGAAGUGCUCAAAGUUUCUAAAAAGCUUGCCGCCUCUCAGGAUGACCUCCACGAGGCGCUCUCCACCGUCACCUUGGCAACAAGACUCCAACAGGACAUCUCCACCCUCCACGCUGUUGUGAUGGCGAUGCAAGCUGAUGAGAACUCCGCCUCCCGCAACCUGCAGGCGGUCAACGCUCACUUCCUCAACGUGACGGAGACAUGGCAGGUGCACCUCGCCGCUGUCACCUCCGACCUGGCGGCCCUCAAAGCCGAGUCACGGGAGGCUCACAGCGCAGCCACGGAGCAUGUGAAUGAGGCCGAGCGGAAGGCCCGUCUGCUGGCAGAGAAGUUGGAGGAGCUUGAGCACAGCACGAAGAGGAACGCCCGCGCUAUGGAGCGGACGGAGGAAGAUGACACCAAGCGAGCUCAGGACCAGCUGGACUGGAACACCAAGCAGAUCCACAAGCUGGAGGAGCAGAUCAGCAGCCUGACCCACAGGGAGGCCGAACUCAGCUCUCAACUCCAGGAACACAUUCCCCGGGCUCAGGAGUGUGAGGAGCACCUGCCGCAGGUAGAGGAGGCGGUGCGCUCCAUCCUGAGGCUGGGCGGUGACCUGAGCGGGGCGGAGAAACGGCUAGAGGAGGUGACGUUACAGGUGUUUGGGACUGAGGACAGCAUGCUGAAAGCCCUCAAUGAAAUCCUGGAUAUCAGACAGGAGCUGGACACCCUACAGGCUCAAAACAGCAUCCUCAAGAUGAAGAAUGAGUUGUCCGUGGUUAAAGAGGCGGUCCGUGAACUCACCAUGGUGUUGAAGGAAAGUAGGGUUGAAAGGGAAGCUGAUAAUGUGGAGGAUGAAGAAUGGAAAGAGGAUGAGGAGUGGGAAACUGAUGAUCAGGAUGACCUAGCUCAACCUAAUCCUGAUGAUGUCACUCAAUGAUGUCAUUGUUUUCAUCUAGCUAGAGCUGCACUGUCUUAGUAUUUUCUCUAGAUGGCGAUUUAAGUCCAGUAUUAUUGUUUUAUAAAAAUGUGUACCUCACUUUAAUGUCAGACAGAUGUGACUUGUUGCUUAAAUGUUCAAUUUCAACACAACCUCAAAGAUACAUACUCUGUAGUACAGUCAACCAUAUGGUUGAAUUGUUUAAUGUGGAGUGAAACAUUUAGCUUUUGUAGCAAUUCUACAAAACAUGCAGCAUCACUCUUAAGUUAGCCGUUUGCACUGAUACAGCAUUUAUGCCAAUCUUACAUCAAUCUAAGUGUUACCAUAAUUAUGUUGAUACAGGGAUAGUAUUAAUGAAUAAAUAUAGUUAGUUAUCUAGAAGGAGCUUUCACACCCAGCCUUUUUGGUUUGGAUCAGAUGAAUUCUGGUAUUCAUUUGUCCAUUUGGUUCAGUUUGUGUGUGAAAAUACUCAGAACGUGAAAAGGAAAACAGGUGUGUGUGUUGAAUGUGUGCCCCACUCAGUUUAUUUUAGCAGUUAAAACAUGAAGUGGAUCAGCCACUUAGAAACUAUAACCAUCAUAAUAUUGUGGUACAAGACGCCUCUUUUUUUCUCACAUUUCUGUUUGUUUGUCACUGUUUGAUGAUGCCGAUAAAACAGGAUGACGGGCACCGAAUUGUCCAAUCAGUGAGUUACCUGUCAGUGUUUACUCCUCUUGGUUAGUUUGGACAGAGCAGAACUUUAAGGACGUCAUGUUUUGUUUUUUAUGAUCUGAACCAAAGUAACUGAACUAUUUUGUAUGUUUUUAUUUCAUCGGACUUCAUGCAUUUUGAUUUCAUCUAUUUGAAAGUAUUAUGAUUGUAUAAUGUUUUUUCACUGAGCUUAUUUAAUAAAAUCAUUUUUCAGUGUGAAGCUCGUAUGUGUACACAUUUGAUUCUCAUAUUUAACUUUCCAUCCAU